AUGGCAACAAUAGAUAAUCCAUACAACAACAUUGAAUGGGUGCUGGCUGAAAUGUUAAAUCAACCAAAGCUACUUCAGAAGGCUACCGAGGAAUUAGACAAUGUUGUCGGAAAAGAAAGAUUAGUGCAAGAAUCAAAUAUUCCAAAACUCAAUUAUAUAAAGGCAUGUGUAAGAGAAGGUUUUCGACUUCACCCAAUCGUUGACUUCAACAUUCCUCAUGUCUCCAUGGAAGACACCAUAGUUUCUAAUUACUUCAUUCUAAAGGGUAGUCAUAUCCUCGUUAGGAGACAAGGUAUUGGCCAAAAUCCAAAAGUUUGGAAAGACCCAUUAAAAUUCAAACCUGAAAGACAUUUGAAGAAUGAUGGGUCUAACUUAACUUUAAUUGACCCUAAUUUAGAGACUUUCACAUUUGGCACCGAAAAACGUGGUUGUCCUGGGUUCUACAAUGACUAUUAUGUUAUUUGCAAGGUUGGUGCAUGGAUUCACUUGGACUGCACCACCCAAUGA